GCCGCGUCCGUGCGGCCACCAGCGGCCGCAGCGGGCGGGUGCUCCGCAGCCCGGCGAGAGUUAACGGCGGCACCGCCUCUCCACCGGCGGCCCCGCGGCGGCUGCCGAGCCGCGCUCUCCCCGCGCUCCCUCCGCGGCUCCAUGCGGCGGCGGCCGCCGGCAUGCCCGGCACCGCACCCAGCCUGCUGCCUCCUCUGCUCGCCCUGCUGUGCCUGGGCUGUGCCGCCGAGCCCAAGCCCGACCCCGACGAGCCGUGGUGCCCCUACAAGGUGGGCGGCGAUGGAGCGGCGGGGGCGCGGCUGUGCUUCCGCCCGCCGGCCCGCGGCUUCCAGUGCGCGGCCCGGGCGUGCCGCGCCCACCGCUCCGCGGGCGGCGCGCUGGUGGCCAACGUGCUGCGGAACGGCAGCGUGCUGCUGCAGUGGGGGCUGCGGCACUGGGGGCCGCCGCGCCCCGCCGCCGCCCCCGCCGCCCUGCGCGGCUUCGCGCUCAACUGCUCCUGGGACGGCACCUACACGCGCUUCCCCUGCGACAGCGUGGAGCUGGGAGCCGCGUGCCGCGAUUACCUGCUGGCCGAGGCGCACGGCAGCGUGCGCUACCGCCUGUGCUUGCAGCCGCGCUACGCGCCGCCGCGCCCCGCGCCGCCCGCGCAGUGCGUGGAGUUCCGCGUGGAGCCCGCGGCCAUGCGCGACAUCGUGGUGGCCAUGACGGCCGUGGGGGGAUCCAUCUGCGUGAUGCUCGUCUUCAUCUGCCUGCUCGUGGCCUACAUCACCGAGAACCUGAUGAGCCCCGCUCUCGGCCGCGGGGGACACGCGGCGGCCGCUGCGCGCCGCGCGUAGCGCGGGUGGUGGUGAUGAUGAUGGUGAUGAUGAUGAUGGUGAUGAUGGUGGUGGUGGUGGUGGUGAUGCGGAGCCCGGCGCUCUCCGGCGAGGGAAGAGGUUUUCCAGACUGUUCUGGCGGCGCUGGGUUUGCCGUGCCCAGAUUGGCAGGAUGCGCGUUUCCAGCGGAGUUCGGAGCGCUUCUUCCUCCUGGAGGCUUCUCGGCCAGAGCCCUUCGUGGCGAACUCGUGGCAUCUCAGCGGAUCAAAUAACAAUAGCAGAGGUCCACAAGUGCCAGAAAUCGUCUGUUUUUAAGGGCAAGCGGCAGAUCUUACCGAGGGCCUGUUUGAAAAGACUCUCCAGAACUACCCUUAUUUUAAACCUAAAACCUCUUGGUCUUAGACCCGUGCUUGAUUUUCUUCCUGUGGGGUAGAGUUGUUUAAAGUUCAGGAGGACUGACUGGUGGGACCACAAACUCCAUAGCUAAGUGCGUGUCUGAUCCAAAGCCCACUUAAUCUCGUGCUUUAGGGGGGUUUUGUAUCAUGCCUUACGGUGGUCACAAAUUUUGGGGCCGCUGUCCAAAAACCACGGGGGUUUUCUGGUCGAGGGUUUUCUGGUCAGCUCCAGCGACCAUCAACAUCCAACACCUGCUUUUCUCCCAUCAGAAUUGUGUUGUAUUUUCACAAAGAGCGCAGGUAAAGGGAUAAACUGAGCAAGAAAACUCCAUUUCCUUGAGCAAGUAGGAAGCAACCCUUAAUGAUAAGUGAGCACCCCCUUGCCCCCUGAAAUCCCCUCCUCUAGCAAAGCAGCUGCACUAAGGUAGAAGCUUCUUGACCACAGAACUCACCGAUGUUGUAGCCGAGUGUUUUGAGCGUAGGAACACUCCCUGGUAACUCCUCACUUGAUGCUGUAGUGAAGUAAGGUUUUAGCCAUACUCUAGUACUGAUUCUAUCGUGCCUUAGUGCUGAGAAUUUGUCCCAUUUCUAUUGGUGUAUCCCUAGUCCUUGUAGUUAAGUGUUAUCUUGUCUCUGGAAUUAGUGUUGUUGGUUUGUCUGAUUGUUUUCUUUAAAAAAACAAACAAACUUGGGCUGAGCAUUACUUGAAAUUUAAUAUAUACACAAAGUAGUUACCUUCAGAGAGGUGUUUAGUGAGGUAGUUUUUAGUACGUGUUGUUUGUGUGUAGUUGACUGCUGUAACACGAAAAAAUUAAUUUAUUAUCACUUAGGAACUGUGCACUUAAAGCAAAAAAAAAUUUAAAAAGUAGGGGAAAGGCUCUUUGUAAAGGGACGGUCAGGUUCAGUGUGAUCUGUUUGUGUAAAUGUUUAGCACUGGUGAACGACCUGUUUGCUUUUCCUUGUCAAAGUCGUUUGUGAAGUUCCACCUCGGUGGUAGAGGGCGAACAUAGAAGUGUGUGGAACCUUUGAUAACACCCAGUGUUUGUAGCGAACAUAAUCCCUCCCUCGAGAACCUGGCAGUGGCUGAGGAGCUGCAGGUCCGCGUUUCAUCAGCACCUUUUCCUCUGUUUGUUUUUGCUGCUGUGUUCCAUUCUCACCUGCAGCUGACCCCACGGAGGUGCUCUGUGUUUGUUGCCUUGCCUGGGUGCUGGAUUGCAGCAGCUCACUGAUGCCAUCAUUUUUGGGUUUUUAUCCCCGAGGAGAUGCUGAAGAAAAAGCAAUUUUGAAGAACAUGAAGACAAAUUUUGGUAUUUUAAAGGUUUCAGGGUUUUUUUUUUGCUGUAGCCAGCUCAGCACAGGAGCAUUGGAGUGUCAGUGGUUUUGUACAUCUCUGUCACCUUUUGUCAGCCAAUGUCACUGUUCUGUUCCUCAUCUUGUCAUGAAUUGCCAGAUGUGAUAUAAACAACGAGCCUUGUACCACCUUGGCACUGAACUUAAUAAAUUAAGAGGAUGAUGAAAAGAAA